UAACAGGCAUAACAGCGCUUUUUUCGCAUUUUCCGGGCUGUCGCCGCGUUUAUUCCGCAGAAAUGGACGCAGACGAGGACGAGGCGCUGCUGUUUCUUAUUCAUCAACAUUUACAGAGCCGAGGUUUCACCAAAGCGGCUAAAAAGCUCCAAAAACACGUCUCUCAGGUGGAAGGCGCAGAGGGACAGUCCAGUCUGCAGGACAUUUACUCUGUGUGGAAGAGACUGAGUCCCGCGGCUCUGGGGACAGUGGACAGAUGUGAGACGAACGGAGACAUGAGUCCAGCAGAGGGCGCUGGGACAGGACCGGGGUCUGACCCAGGAUCUGGAACAGGGUCUGAACCAGCGAUAGACCACGAGUCUGAAGCUCCAGGCGAGGUUCCAGAGAAGGAUUCCCCCCAAACAGAGGACUCUGAAGAGGCUGUGGUCCCAACACAAGACCCGAGUCCGGAGCAGGAUCCAAGUCUGGACCAAGACCCAAGUCCAGAGCAAGAUCUAAACCAGGAGCAGGACCCUGAACCAGAGGAAGACAAUGAAAUUACGGAGAAUUCCACCCUUGAAGCCCCAGCCACAUCAGACCUGACAGUUGAACUAAUCAGUGACACUUCAGCAGAGACUGAAGCUCCUCCCCCUGAAGACUCUGCAGAGCUGGAGGAGCCCACACAAGAGGCCGAGGAGGAGGGGUCAAAGGGGAUGGCUCUCUCUCUGAUGCUGAGUCCAGAAGAUGAAGAAGAGGAGGAGGGGGACAAAAGAGAAGGAAAGGAGGAGCAGGAGGAGCAGGGGGAAAAAGAGGAGGAGAUAAAGGAGACAAAUGGAUGGAGAGGGUAG